AUGGAGUAGUUUGUUGAGGGACUGUGGAGUGCUGUACUUUUAUCAAUGAUUAUCAGGGCCUUAGCAGGGCACUGGGGGAGGGGAUAGGAUAGGAGGAAUGACCACUUGUUAGAGAGAUAGUUUGGUAGAGGUGGGAGUUCAUUCUGAAUUGUGUUGAUUGGUGAAAAUACUUGUUCACUGGAAUCAGGACCAAGAUUAUCAUUAACUGCUUUUCAGUCAAUUGCAUACAUUCCCUAUUUCUUAUUAUUAUUAUUGAUUAAUGGCUUUCUCAUCUUAAAUUGUUCACCUGACUUUUAAAACACAAUUCCACAUAACAAAAUAUUGAGGAGGUGUUUGAUUAUAGUCUAGUGAUUAUUACCCAUUUGGCUCAAGGAAAUCCUAUAUUGAUAACAGUGUUGUACCUGAAUACUAAGUAUCCUCACAAUAAAAAGUGACUUAGUUGUGUUUGCCCCUUUAAGUAUUUGUUCUCAUUUGUUUUCAUGCCUCAGCGACUCACUGAGAGGAGAACUCAUGAGCUGUAUUACCUGAGCAUGCAAAGGGAGAGAGAACGAGUGGAGAAAAUGGAAAAUAAUGGCAAACGGAAGCUGAAGGUGUGCGUCGCUACCUGUAACCGUGCUGACUACUCCAAGCUGGCACCAAUUAUGUUUGGCAUCAAGGCCAACCCAGAGGUUUUUGAGCUUGAGGUGGUGGUGCUAGGAUCUCACCUUAUUGAUGAUUAUGGAAACACAUUCCGUAUGAUCGAACAGGAUGAGUUUGACAUUGGCUCCAAGUUGCAUACGAUUGUGCGUGGGGAGGAUGAGGCAGCCAUGGUGGAGUCUGUUGGCCUUGCGCUGGUCAAGCUGCCGGAUGUCCUCCAGAGGCUCAGCCCUGACGUGCUGAUUGUCCAUGGCGACCGAUUUGAUGCUCUGGCCCUGGCUACUGCGGCAGCCCUCAUGAAUAUUCGUAUCUUGCAUCUGGAGGGAGGAGAGGUGAGUGGCACUAUAGAUGAUUCCAUCCGACAUGCCAUAUCCAAGCUGGCCCACUACCAUGCCUGCUGCACACGUAGCGCUGAGCGCCACCUCAUCGCCAUGUGUGAGGACCACUCCCGCAUCCUCCUUGCUGGCUGCCCCUCCUAUGACAAGCUGCUGACUGCUCACCAGCGUGAUGAUCAUGCUGAUAUCAUCAAGGCUUGGCUGGGAGACUGUGUCAAAGAGCAAGACUACAUCGUAGCAUUGCAGCAUCCUGUGACAACCGACAUCAAAAACUCCAUAAAGAUCUAUGACCUGAUGCUGGAUGCUCUUAUCUCAUUCAACAAGAAGACACUGGUUCUCUUCCCCAAUAUUGAUGCUGGCAGUAAGGAGAUGGUACGUGUGAUGCGCAAGAAGGGUAUUGAGCAGCAUCCCAACUUCAGGGCCGUAAAGCAUGUUCCCUUUGAGCAGUUCAUACAGUUGGUGGCCCAUGCGGGGUGCAUGAUUGGCAACAGCAGCUGCGGGGUGCGAGAGGCAGGGGCCUUUGGAACCCCCGUAAUCAACCUGGGCACCAGGCAGACUGGCCGAGAGACAGGGGAGAAUGUUCUCCAUGUCAGAGAUGCGGACACUCAGAAUAAAAUAUACCAUGCGCUGGAUCUACAGUUUGGGAAACGAUAUCCCUGCUCCAAGAUCUACGGUGAUGGAAACGCAGUUCCACGCAUCCUCAAGUUCCUGCAGUCCAUCAACCUGGAUGAGCCGCUGCAGAAGACCUUCUGUUUCCCAACAGUAAAGGACUGCAUUUCUCAGGACAUUGACCACAUUUUGGAGACCCAGAGUGCCCUUGCUGUGGACCUGGGAGGCACUAACCUGCGUGUAGCCAUUAUCAGCAUGAAGGUACCCUACAACUCUAUUACAGGCAACACCUCAAGCCAAACUCACUGUCAGGGUAAAAUAGUGAAGAAGUACACCAAAUCAAACCCAAAGACGUAUGAGGAGAGGAUAGAUCUCAUCCUACAGAUGUGCAACGAGGCCCUCAAAGAUGCUGUGCAUCUGAACUGCAGAGUCCUAGGAGUUGGUGUGUCAACGGGGGGCCGAGUCAACCCCCAAGAAGGUGUGGUCCUCCACUCCACAAAGCUGAUUCAGGAAUGGAGCUCAGUCGACAUCAGGACGCCUGUUUCCAACGCAUUGCACCUACCUGUGUGGGUGGACAAUGACGGGAAUUGUGCUGCCUUGGCUGAGCGCAAGUUUGGUCAUGGAAAAGGCGUGGAGAACUUUGUAACCAUUAUCACAGGAACAGGUAUAGGUGGUGGGGUUGUCCAGCACAACGAGUUGAUCCAUGGUAGCACAUUCUGUGCAGCAGAGCUCGGCCACAUUAUGGUGUCUCUGGAUGGACCAGAGUGCAUGUGCGGUAGCCGUGGCUGCAUUGAGGCGUACGCGUCUGGUAUAGCCCUACAAAGAGAGGCUAAGAGACUCAACGAUGAAGAGCUGUUGUUUACAGAAGGAAUGACUUUAAAGAAAGAAGACCCAGUCAGUGCCAUCGACCUGAUCAAUGCAGCUCGUUUAGGAAAUUCCAAAGCUGAUGCAGUACUGAGAACAGCUGGCAUGGCACUGGGUGUUGGUAUCACAAAUAUUCUGCACAUGGUGAACCCGUCCAUGGUGAUUCUCUCCGGCGUUCUGGCCUCCUUCUACGAACAUCCUGUGCGGCAGGUCAUCAGUCAGCGCGCUCUCACCUCGGCGAAGGACAUCCAGGUUCUGACCUCUGACCUGGAGGAGCCUGCCCUGCUGGGUGCUGCCAGUAUGGUGCUGGAUUACGCCACGCGCAGGACUUUCUGAGCCCUCGCCCUCCACACCUCCACACCUCCAGAGGACCCCAAGCCUGAGAUGGCUCAAUACCCUGACCAUGGCCUCUACAUCAACAAAUGCAAACUUAUGACAAAAAACUUCUGAAUUUUAUGUUAGAUGGAUAGCCUUUUUAUCUUUUGCUUUUCACCUGAAACCUUACCUGUUCUUAUUUUACUCCGUGCACCAAACGCGUGCAUAGUGGCUGCCAACUGUUUUCUAGCAGAGGGCUCAGUCUCUCUGGUCAGAGAGCUACUACACAUGCUUAAACAGUGGUUCCUGCAGGUGCUGCUGCUGUGCAUAGUGACUGAUGACCAUUUACAGUUGUAGUCAAUUGCUGUCUCUCAUUUAUUUGUCUGUAAAAAUGUUGUUACAACAUCUAUUAUUAAUUAUAUAUGCCCUGCCCUGAUGGUUGAAUUGGGAUCAAACACCAGUCAUUCCUGACUAGUGUGACAUGAGGAUGACUUCUGCAGUCAUAAGGUGUGACAAACUGGGGAUUAUCAUGCCCAUAACACAAAGCCAUUUGUAAGAGUUCUGGAGAGGACCAUAACUAUGUAGAAGUAGAGGAACUUGAGAACCGUAUCGCCACAUAAAGUGCACCUUAGUAGUGACAUAGAGUGAGGUAUAUCUUAAAGGUACACUAUGCACGAUUUUCACCUUGAUAUAACCUUUACGAAGCCAAUUUGAUCACAAACAAACUUGUAAUAGGCGAAUCGUUCACCAACUUCAUACAACUUCAUGAACGGCGGCACAACAAAUCUCGUGAGAAUCAUGAAACAUUACCUUGUCAGUAGAUAUAGCAAUAGAUAUAGAUUGUUGCCUGUUAUUUCUUCACCUCCACAACAGAAGCUUUUUCAUUGUGUUCAGGGCGGACAAGUCACAAGAAGUUUGCUAUUUACAACAGCAAAGUAAAAUAUGAAUAUAUCAUGACUGUAAAGGGAGCUCUACAGUAGCCAAAACUACCUAGACCUGCAUAGUGUACCUUUAAUGGAAGCUUGAAUGCAAAGCCACAUUCAUGAAGGCACCCCAUCAGCUGCUACAGAAUUUGAUUAAGCCAACCAACAAACAAAUGGACACGCGUGGGUGACCACUUGUCCUUCUGUAGCUUAACAGGACCAUGGCGUAGGUAUUAUUUACAUCCAGUGUACGCAUGAACCAGUCUGCAGUAGAUGUUGCUUGGAUCUCACCAUUUUGUGUUGUCAUCAGUAGUUAAAAUGCUAAAUUGAGAUGCCUUGUACAAGCUUUGCAAUUAAAUGAACAGAUCAUAGUAUAUUAUACGGUGGCUUGAAAAGGUCACAAUACUUCCAAAUGAAGAGAAUACUAGCAAAGGCAAAAACACUUGCAGACAACAACAAUGCAUGCAAGUAGCCUCAACACAAUGAAAGAAUUCACUACACCAACAGAGAUUUCCAAUUGGAGAACUUGAUUGACAGACCGCUUUAUGUUUCCAAAGUCUUUUUGGGUUGAACUUAAUUUCAACUUAAAGAUGUUAAAUUAUUUAUAGUAAAGUUAUAGUUAUUUAUUGACUUGUUUAAACCAAUUAGGAUUGUCAUAGUUGUCUGACGGUAAGGUUAGGUGAACCUCUUUUCGUGUUGUGAAUGCUUCUGUUUGGGUACUAUCUGCAUUUGUUGUGUGAAUUUGCAACAGAUGAAAUCAAAUUGUUGCAAAGCUGUAGGUUAUUUUAUGUGUUACUGCAAUGUGUUGCUAUAGUUGUAGUCUAUUUUAUGUGUUGUUCUGUAGGCCAUUUUAUAUGUUGUUAUUGAUGUGUUUUCUGUAUUUGCAAAUAUGUUUUUUUUUGCAUUUGGAAGCAUUCUGACCUUUUCAGGACACUGUAAUAUUACCUAUACUACAUUUUAAUUGUAUAUAUUGUCUACAUGAUACGAUCUAGUGAAUUCUUUACAAAUGCUUAACUGUACAAUAGCAAUGGCAAACAACCAAAAAUAUCAACUACAUGUUGCUGUCCUUGUGAUAUUCUCAUGUGAAUACUGGAAAAGACUGACAAGACUGGAUGUAUGUCACUGAAUGCAAAUUAUGUUAUAAUACCCGACCUUGUCAAACAAAUCAUAACAUUCACCUUCAGUGCAUUCAUGACUCGGUACUUGUUAAUAAUAUGUAAAUCUGUGGGAAUUGUGGGAAUGAAUCUGCAUAGGAAAAAUAGAGUAUUGUACUAAUUAUUGUGUCAAUGUCAUUUUUUUAGUUAAGUUAAAUUUUCCCAAUUCUGUA